CGUGAAACGACGCGAUAUUCUGAUUUUUAAUGAUAAAGUGAUACUGAAGAAGCUGAACAGUUCGAAGGAUCAAUUAGUCGCCAAGACGAGGAACAAGUAAAGUGUGAUCUAUCGUCGAUCUAUCGUCGAAAAACUUGAAUCAAAAGUUCUAUUAGGACUUAAGAGACAACUGAAGAUUUUAAUUAGAAGCCAAGAAUAAAAACAGGCAAGAGAAAAAGGAGAGGGAGAGUUUUUUUAAGAAGAUAAACUUUCCUUUCUGGGACCUAACUCAUCUCUCUAUUUGGUCUAAAGACUUUUUAUUCGGACAUUGUGUGGCCUUCAAGUGUUUAGAAUUCCAGCGGAAGCUUGCUGCAAAAACUUUAAGAUUCCUUACAGCUCAGAAACUUUCUAUCUUCAAGGUUCCAGCGCGAGAAGACACCAUGUUGGAAUUUUAUCCUCCAGCACCUGGUUCUUUCAAUCGUCAAAGCGAACCGGGCCAACCUUUGCCGACGGUUCCGCCUAUUCCCUUUCGGUCCUCAACCGAUAAUAAUAAUGCAGAGCCAUCCGUUUCCGUGAAAACGGAGUCCGGCCUCCUUGAGACGAUCUGCGCCGGCUGCGGCCGCACCAUCGCCGACAAGUACGUGAUGCGAGUCGCCGAGAGGAAUUAUCACGAGGAGUGUCUCUCGUGCACGGCAUGUGGCGCGAUGCUGUCGCACUCGUGUUUCAUACGCGACCUCAAGCUCUACUGCCGUUCCGAUUACGAGAGGAUCUUCGGAGUGAAGUGCGCGCGAUGUAUGGAGAAGAUCAGCUGCUCGGAUCUGGUGAUGCGGCCGGUAUCCGGCUUGAUCUUCCACGUGGAAUGCUUCGCGUGUUGCAUGUGCGGACAACCGUUGCCACGGGGCGCACACUACAUCCUUAGACAGGGCCAGCCGAUCUGCAGACGAGACUUCGAACACGAACUGUUUUUAAAUAGUCCACAAGAUGAUGACUUAUUGGACGAGAAUCGACCACGGGAUGGCCGUCGGGGUCCGAAACGGCCGCGGACGAUUCUUACGUCGGCACAGCGACGUCAAUUCAAGGCGUCUUUUGAGGUGUCCCCGAAGCCUUGCAGGAAAGUUCGCGAAGCACUCGCUAAGGACACCGGCCUUAGCGUGCGCGUGGUUCAAGUGUGGUUCCAGAAUCAGCGCGCGAAGAUGAAGAAACUUCAGCGAAAGGCCAAAACGGAGCCCGGAUCCGAUAAAGAGCCAAAGGAGGAGCGAAGGACGGAAAGUCCACACAGCGAUCACAGUCAUUACUUGAACGCCCUGAACAUGCGCGAUGGGGAAUCUUCUAGCUUCCCCUCAGCCACCCAACCGCUCAACCCCAAUAACCCGUACUCGCCCGACGACGUGUACCCGGGCCACUCGGGAGAGAGCUUCUGUAGCAGCGAUCUGUCCCUGGACGGUACGGACGGCGGCUUCGACAUCGGCGAGAACGAUGGCGGCGGCGCGGACGGUAGUCAUCAGGGUGCCUCGCAUUCCCACCAUGGUUCAUCAUCCCACGACACCCCGUCGCUGUCGCAGAGUCUGCACGCGGCCAUCAACAAUCCCAUCGACAAACUGUUCAUGAUGCAAAGUAGUUACUUCAGCGGCGAUCACGCGUAAUCCAAGUUUCCCUCUUUCUUCCUCUCUCUAUCUUCCUCCUUCUGUCACUGUCCCUCUGAAAUUCGUCGCUUAUUUCUCGUCGCCUUCACCCUCUUUUGCGUCCUUCUACCCAUUCUACGAAGACUUUGUCAACGAGGAAGCCGACACGUAACAUUAUUAUUCAAUUUUCAGCGUUGAAAUGAUUGCGAUUAGUUUGUCGAAUUUAGACUCUUUUUUUCUACGCUGGUCGCUGCUAAUC